GAAUUAAAUCAAGUUCCCUCGCGUGUGAUUCAGCCGGAGAAAAAAAGAAACCCUGACGGUUAAACGCUGGGCUAACGGCCAAGCUAGCAAUGCUAAGGCUAGCACACCGGCUACGUGUGUUUAACCAUCUGCGGUAGAUUGAGUCCAGGCAGGAUGUUGAGGCUUCGCUGUAAGACCAAAAAUGGGAGCCACCUAAUGCAGGGAUUGACCCACCAGUCCUGCGUCCAGGAGCUGAAGAGGAAGGUGGAGGAGCUUACUGGGAUCCCAUGUGACGUGCAGAAGAUCAUGGUGGGCUACCCACCGUCCAGCCUUGAUCUCCAAAACGGAGACGCUCACCUCAAGGAUUACCCCAUCAAAUCAGGUGACACACUCAUUGUUGAGGAAGAAAAAAACAAGCCAAAGCCUCAGGAUAAUCCCACUGUGACUAAAGUGCCGCGUCUGGAAGCCUCACCCGUGCUGGCACGCCGCGUGGUGCCAGCCGACAACUCCUGCCUCUUCACCAGUGUCUUUUAUGUGGUGGAAGGAGGCGUGUACGACGCCGUGUGUGCUCCUGAGAUGCGAAGCCUCAUCGCCCAGAUCGUGUCCAGUGACCCUGCAGCGUACUGUGAAGCAGUGCUGGGGAAGACCAACGAGGACUACUGCACCUGGAUAAGCCGCGACGACACCUGGGGGGGCGCCAUCGAGGUGUCCAUCCUGUCCAAGUUUUACCAGUGCGAGAUCUGCGUGGUGGACACUCAGACAGUCCGAGUGGAUCGAUUCGGGGAGGACGCCGGUUACCACAAACGCGUGCUGCUCAUCUAUGACGGCAUCCAUUACGACCCGCUGCAGAAGGAAACCCCCGGCUCCGACGUCCCACCCCAGACUAUCUUCUCCACCACGGACGACGUAAUUCUGGCCCUGGCCCUCGAGCUGGCAGACGAGGCUCGGCGCAAGCGGCAGUUCACGGACGUAAACCGCUUUGCGCUUCGCUGCAUGGUGUGCCAGACCGGCCUGGUGGGACAGAAGGAAGCUCGAGAGCACGCCAAGGAAACGGGCCACACCAAUUUUGGGGAGGUGUGAUUUUUAUUUUGUCUCACUCCCCCCCUUCUCACAGAUAGAACCACCAACCAAUCCCGUUCCCCAUGUCUGGCAACUGUGUCAGUCUGUCUCUGUCUGCUUGUGUGAUCCUCUACCUCACAUUGCCCAGCGACAUCCACCAAGAAUCUGCAGACACUGUGUUUCAGCCUCUAACCUGUUCAGUAUUAUACUUUUUAAACUGCAGUCAGUUCUUGAAAGUCAGAAGAAACACUACUGCAGCGCUCUGGUGUCACAAACCAUCACAGUCGUCUGUUACAGAUGGUUUUCAAACAGAUGUAACUGGGUCCAGGAAAAUAUGCAAACAAUUCUUAGGAUUUGAUUUAAUCCGUUGAGAUCACUCGAUGUUUCCGGGCUGUGUUGAAACGCACCAAACACUUAAAUGUGACUGAAUUAAAACAACCACUGAGAAUUCUUUGUGCUACGACGUUAUCCUACUCACUGUUGUCUUAACCGCAGAACACUAUGUUUGACUGUUAUACAUGAUGCUGGUUAUGUAGCGUUUAGUUUUUUAUUGUUCCCUCAUGGACAGAGUUAUUUGGACACUAAGAUGAAUUUGCGGAUUGAGGUUUGGAAAUGACAUGAGGCCAAAUUUAUUAUUUUUGGGGGACUUAUUCUGUGUUUUAUUAAGUUGCAACACCAUUUAUAAGUGAACUUGUUUUAAAUGAAAUAAAAAUAAUUUUAAAAAAGGAUGGUGCUGAAAACUAAACAUUUUACAAAAUCUGUAGGGCUUUGCUUUUCUCCAUCGGUACGCCAGAUUCUUUUUCAGGAGUGUACAUUUUUUAAAGGGUGUAUUAUUGGGUGUCAUGCUGUAAGAACUAAUCUUAUUAGACAGUGUUUUGUUUUAUAUUGCUGCAUUUUUUUGAGAAAGCUGUGCGGCGUAUUUCAGAACACAAGUCAUGGUGAGAGGGUGGUGUAUUUUUUAAACGGUGUGUUUGGGGUCUUUGUGUGCUUUGAAGACGGAACGUGUGGAAAACAAAACAUGGACGCAGUAAACAAAAUGUAUUCAUGCAUUCAGAGCAUCACAUUGACACAUCUUUCCAAUAUCAAUCAGAUGUAACAGGCAUAUAAAUCCUUGAAAACGUUUGCAUCGUUAGUCGCAUGCAACAUUAGAAUCUACUACUUAGAGCUAAUGGUACAAUUCUUUAAAUUGGUUAAUGAGUGAUCACGUAAUCAUCUCGGAUUUUCACUGACUGUCCGAGGUCUGACUUCAGAUUCUGUCACGUUAACACUUUUUCCAGAUUUUCCCGACACCACGUGAAGGCACAACCAAUGAAGCUGUGGGGGGGAAAUCCUACUCAACCCUACAGCGUUUACUGUUCACGUACUGUCCGCACAUUACUCCCUCGUCUCCUUCGUUAAACAUGAACGUCUUCGGUUUGAAGUGAAUGUUUGAGAAACUGCGAGUAAAGAUUUGGGUUUUAUUUUUUUCAAUGCUCGUCUUUAGAGUCUCACGCUCUACCACUGUAUGUCCUCAGCUAAAAUCAGGCAUGAUCUCAACCUUCACCGGCUGCCUGUAAGGAUGAAGCUUUGAUAUUUGUGGGUUUUUCUUGACGCUCUGUUUGUUAUGCAGAACCAGUACUUCUAUGUUACACAUCUGUGAUAUUGGCACUGAGUUGGUGCCAGGAAAUGAUUUUUUUUUUACAAGUGAAGACUGGAUUUAGACUUCAAUUGAGUAAUUUCUUUCUUGCUUUCAGUCAUGACUCAUGCUAAACUCAUCUACAGGCAAAAAUGUCACUUAUUUCUUUGUUUGAAUGUGAAUUAUAAUACCCCCCCCCCCCCCCCCCCAUCUUUUUAUUUCAGCAGUAAUGGAUUGAUCAGCUUGAAUUUAAGUGAAACUAUGAAAUGGCUUUGUUGUCUUUUGUCAUAACUAAGUAAGUUCUCAUGAAUGUUGCACACAAAGCACUACAGAACAACUGGAGUUACUUGAUUUUUGUCAGUGUUGUGUCACAAUUAAAACUUAUAGCCUCUGG